AUGGCAAUCGAUGAGCUUCCCAAUUCUAACUUGUGUGUAUGCUACAGCUCGGAUGACCGUGACAUCUCGAGGUUGAUGGCGGACUUUUUGACACAACAAAAUGGAGAUGCAACCAAGACGCUGUUUUUCGUUUCUGCCAUAGACCGGUUCCCCGUAGCAGAGUUCUGUGAAUUGUUGCCACCUCAGGAGCACGCUGCGCUGUUUGAAAAUGUACGCGUGCUGACUAGUCUGGAUAUGGACGAGUUUACAAGCACGGUGGGCCAAAUAUCGCGAUCCGUGUUUGCGGCGCGAUCCGCGCUCCAACGUUCUGAAACGUGCCAUAACUCGGCCCCCAAUGGGUUCCAAACACUCAUUUUAGUGCACGGACUCGAUGUGAUUUUUAGAAACACGGCUUUGAAGGACCAACAGCAUGCCCAUCGGUCUUUAAAAGAUAUCAUGUUGCGACUACGUAUGCUGGGCAACGUCGACGAUUUUGGUACCCGCACGAUCCUUCUGUUCCCACCCCGACAAGCACCGCCACCACCAUUGUCCCAUGAUAACCAGCAAUCCUCCCACCUACCGCUUCAAAAACGACAUAAGUCGUCAGGAGGACCGUUUUUUCAAAACUACAAUUCUCUCUCUGCAUACGUCAUGAAGUUCUAUGCCGAUUCUGUCAUAGACAUAGCAACCUGA